GUUAAAAUUUCAGUGAGUACGAAAAAGCGAUUCGCCGCGCAGCCCCAAAAAUGGUGAGAAUUCACGUCAAGUCCGGCGACGAUUCCGGCGAAAACGAGUUUCUUUAUGAGUGUCAAAGCGACUCAUUGAUCAAAGAAAUUGCUUCGGAUGUUAUUCAAAUUUUCAAUCUCCAAUCUAAAAUCCAUCGGCUUGUUUCAGAAUUCGAACCCCGUCUACUUCCCUUUCAUGGCGAUCCCAAAGUUACGCCUCUUUUGAGAGCUUUUUGGGAAGCAAAGUCCUACGCAUCUAAGGACAUGGUUAUCCACGAUAGGCCUUUAUCAUAUCUUGUGUUGAGACACCAUUUUGAGACUAUUGAAAGGGAAUUAGUAGCAAAGUUUGAUUUAUUGGGUGAUUCUGAUUCCACUCAGUAUCAACAAAUUUUAUCAGGUGACAAGAAACGAGAUUGUCUAUUAUCUCACCCUUCAGAUGUGGAGCUUCUUGACGAGAAUACGACUCAGCUAAAAUUAGCUGGAAAAGAGCUCAAGAGGGAGAAACAACUUUGUGACUAUAUUGGAAGAAAUGAGAAAAUUAAGAUCGUUCUUAAACUACAACCGAAAAUCAUGCCCCUGAGUUGAAUACUGAUAUUUAAAAUCCAUCUGAUGUAUGAUACAAAAUCCAUCAAUGAUAUAAACAUGAUAGACUCCUAUCAAUGAUAUAAUCUAUCAUCGAUAGACUUUUGAGAGCUUUAUCUAAAUUUUACUAUAUCGGUAAAUUCUUUUAUAUUGUACUAUAUCUGCUAAUAUUAAUUGUUAUAUUUGUCAUUGGUCCUAAAACUUAUGUUUUAGUUUUAGGAGAGAAACCUUGCAGCCUUUUGUUCGACUAACUGAUCGCAUCGAAUAUCUUAGUUGAGUUAUUCAAAUGGUGUAAAUGUCAAUA